AUGGAAAAGUUAAAAACGGCUGCAAGAAAAGGUAAAUAAGCGUUUGAAAAAGUAAAAAUGCGAUGGUUUAAUAGUAAGUGUUUUAAGUUUAGGCAGUAGAACUUGGUUUUAGCCAAGAAGAAUGACAUUUUUAUCACUUUUUGAUGUCUAAAUUGCCAUUUUUAUCAUUGUGCCUAAAAUAGCCUUUUUCAAGGUGCAGCUUAACUUUUAUAGCUUUACAAACCCUUUUCAAUUUAAAAAAUUCAUUUAUCAAGCUAUGAUAGAUUAAAGAGACAACAUGUGUUUCAAAAAAGUUAACUUUUUCAAUUAAAAAAGCUCAAGUACUAAUUUUUAACGUUACUUUAGAUAUUAAAAAUACCUAUAAUGCAAUUUUUAGAUUGUAAAAAGUACUGGUUAGUGGCUGUUAUUUGCUCUUUAGUUCUGAUAUUGAGUUUGGCACAAAAUGAGGAUGGCGACGCUAAUUCAGUUCAUCACACUGAUAAAAAUGGAAGUUUUGGUAGGGUUUUGCCUUUAUUUUGACUAAAAUCAAAAUUUUUUUUGAAAAAAUGUUAGUUUAUUUAAAUAUUUGGUUAAAAAAAGCUAUCUAAAUAUAUAAAAUACGGGCGCUAGGACGAAUGCGGUUUUUGGACAUUUGCGGAUCUUCGGUUUUUGGACACUUGCGGAUUUUGGACAUUUGCGGAUUUUUUAAAGGUUUUUUUAAAUUUUUUAGUUAAUUUAUUUGUAGUAUGGUACUAAAUUGUACGAAAGUCUAAAUUGGUGCGGUUUUAACAUAACAGUACCUUUUUGGGCUUUUAGUACCAUUCAGUACCAAAAAAUAUAAAACAGUACCAAUUUAAAAUUUAGUACUAUUUAGCACUAAAACAUAUUAAAACAGUACCAAUUUAAACUUUAGUAUCAUUUAGUACCAUACUACAAAUAAAUUAACUAAAAAAAAAAAAAAUUCCCUUUAAAAAAUCCGCAAAUGUCCAAAAUCCGCAAGUGUCCAAAAACCGAAGAUCCGCAAAUGUCCAAAAACCGCAUUUGUCCUAGCGCCAAAAUACGAUACUAUUAGGUGCCGACAUAAAGAACCCGCCAUACUUUUCAUGUAAUUUCCUGUCAAAAAUGGCGGGUUCUUUAUGUCGGCACCUAAUAAAAUACUAAACCCAAACUUCCAGACGUGCCAUUUAAAUUCUUUGAAGAAGUAAAGACCAAAGUAAUUCGAAAUGUGGACAAAAAUCAUAUGGUUACUCAGCUGUUCCUCGAAGACUUUUACAAUAUGACAAUAUCAACCGUUCAUCUACAAAUGAAAGAACUUACUUCGAACUUGGCUUUAGUGUACCAGGGGGAAGAGUUUGUGCCUUUUUAUCAUAAGUGCAUUCAGAAUGUCAAGAAGUUGGCGCCAAAUUUGAAAAAAGUUCAUUUUGGAGAGGCUAGGAAUGCUGUCGUUAUUGGUGAUAAUGUAAGUCAUUUUAAUGGAGUUUAAAAGGCUUUUAUUUUGUAAAAUACGGUAUUUGUGCUCCUUUAAAAAGGUUCCUUAAAACUGACUUUAAAAUUUUCUUUUUACAUGUUGUAGUAAAAAUAUAGUAAUAGAAUAUUAUAAAAAGAAUAUCAGAAAAGUAAUGUCGUUUUUACGUGUGCAAAUACAUUUACGUAAACGACAAGACUUUUUAACAUUUUAUUAGGUUGUUCAAAUACAUCUGUGCGCCUCUUAAAGCAAAUCCUAAGGACUAGGGGGCUCAGAAUUAUAUGAACAACCUAAUAUAAUGUAUUAGCUUUUUUAAGAACGGUUAUAUCUCCAAAAGAUGACUAAUAUGUUUUAGCUUUACGAAGGUUUAAAAUCAGAAGUGGACAAACUGAAAGAAGAUGCUGCUAAACUAGAAGAUCUGUUCCUUGAACAUGGCGUUAGCAUAGUCGACUUUAAAAUGGUAACAGAAGUCGUCAUAAAAGAUGUAGUAAGUGCUUUACAGUUUUUUAUAGGGUUGGUGAGGGUAAAUGAGGGCAUGUGAGGGUAGUUGGGGAAAGAUGAGGGUAGCUGAAGGCAAGUAAGCGAGGUGAGGAUAAAGGAGGUCAGGCGGGGAUAUGCAAGGAUAAAUGAGGGUAGUUGGGGAAAGGUGAGGGUAAGUGACAGUAGGUGAAUCAAAGUGAGGGAAAAUGAGGGUGGGUGAAGUUUUUUGACUGUAGAUAGCUAUAGUUCAGGGUAAGUUAAGGUAAGUGAGGGUGGGUGAGAGUUAGGUUGGGCAGGGCAGGUAAUGAAAGGUGAGGGUUGGGUAGGAAUGCUGAAGAACAAGGAGGGUAGAUGAAGGUAAAUGAGAGUGUAAGUAAGAGUACGUGAGGGAAUAGUAAAGUAGGGUAAGUUAGUGUAGGGUAGUGUAAGGUAAAGUAAGGUAGGGUAAAAUAAGAUAGGGUAUGAUAGAGUAGUAAAAAACUUAUUUCAGGCUCUAAACAUCACCGAGCUCAACGAUGUUUUUGAUUCAAACUCAACCUCAGAAUUUGCUCAAGUUUAUGGUUUUGUAUCUAAUACUACGCUCAAAAAUGUCACUCUACAACAACAUUAUGUUUUCUCUUCAUCGAAGCUAUUCAAUACUCCAGAAGACAUUACAAAAUAUAAACUGCUACAAAAUGAACUAAUGAAUUCAGACAGAUCAAGGAUAAGAUUAGAAGGAAGAUUGCCAUACCAAUGUGUACGACCAAUAAUGGCUAGCUCUAUUAUAUGUUUGGCUAGCCCUGAACGACUUAUGGUGUCGAAACGAGAAGAAGAUGGAAGCCAGAUUCAGUUUUGUUGUGAAUUCAUGUAA